UGCAUAUUUCAUUCCAUAUAUUUCCAACUUCACAAUCUCUUACGUAGUAUAACAAAACAGUAACUUCAUCAUCUUCAUCAUGAAUCACUUCAACAAUCAGCAAGAGGCCCCAGUAUCAUAUCCACCUCAGGUUCAGGCCUAUUCUUCAGCUCCAUAUGUUAGUGCCCCACCACCUAUGGGAUAUCCUUCCAAGGAUGAACCUGCAGCUGUGGGGUACCCUCAACAAAGGAUUCCAGAGGAAACUACGAGCAGAGGAGAUGGAUUUUGGAAAGGAUGUUGUGCUGCUUUAUGUUGCUGCUGGAUCCUGGAUUGUUGCUUCUGAUUCAAUCAUCGCACCAAAUUUUUUGUCAUUGUUAGUUUCGUGUAUUGUAUUCUUUGUAGUUUGUGUAGAAUAAGGAUCUUUGUCCUCUAUCGGACAGCAUGUAUUUUUUUAUCCAUUUGGUGAAUGUCGUUCUUUUAUGUUGUACACUGAAUUCUUUUUUUAUUAA